AUUGUCUCCUUCUUUUACCGUCGGUUACCCGCCAUGUCGGAAAGCGAUUCAGACGAGGGGAUCAAAAAUUCCACCUGGGUCCCUUACAGAGACCGAGAUGAGUGGAAAGACAUCUCCCCAAUCCCCCAGGACGACGGCCCCGGGCCCGUGGUGCAGAUUGCGUACUCUGACGAAUUUCAAGAUGUGUACGACUACUUCCGGGCCAUCAUUGCGAAGGAAGAAGUCAGUGAUCGCGCACUGGAGUUGACGAAAGACGCAGCACGGCUGAAUGCCGCUAAUUAUACUGUAUGGCAUUACAGGAGAAUUCUCUUGAAAGAGCUGAAGAAAGACUUGAAAGAGGAAUUAAAAUACAUCACAGAUAUGAUUGUCUCCCACCCCAAAAACUACCAAGUCUGGCACCAUCGUCGAGUGAUUGUAGAAUGGCUUCAGGACCCAUCACAAGAACUCGAGUUCACCGCCCAAAUCCUGAAAAAGGAUGCCAAGAAUUACCAUACCUGGCAACACAGACAGUGGGUGUUACGUGAGUUUGCAUUGUGGGACAGAGAGCUGGAUUACGUGGACUCGCUCCUACAGGAGGAUCUUAGAAACAACUCGGCCUGGAAUCAACGAUACUUUGUCAUCAACAACACGACCGGGUUUACUGAAGACGUGGUUAAUAAGGAGGUCAGGUACACACAAGAGUUUAUCAAGAAGGCCCCUAACAAUGAAAGUUCUUGGAACUAUUUGAAAGGGGUUCUGAUGGACUUUGAGCUGUAUAAGUACCCCGGCCAACUGGAGUUCUGUCAGCAGCUCUGUGAUGACCGCUACAGAUCUCCAUACCUGAUUGCCUGUAUGAUUGACACAUAUGAAGAGAUGCUGGAGCAGAACUGUGGAGAGCAGAGGGAGGUUCUGGAGAAAGCUGUGUCGCUGUGCCGGUCAUUAGCGGAGGAGUACGACACUAUUCGAUCACAAUACUGGGACUACCUCUCCCGCGUGUUGUCCAAUAAAUACGGCAGUGAAGACGUCACCGCGCAAGAGGCGUCAUGAUAAUCCGAGUCAUGACAGUGUUUUGUCAUGACAACCAGAGACAUUAUAGCAAGGGAAAGAUUAAAGAGUUUUUAGGAUUAGUUUUAUACAAAUGUACAUUGAUGAACAAACACUUCUCCUCCCAGUCUGCUAAUAGGAAAACUUCAU